AUGGGUGAUCUGGCUGCCUUGGGUGACGUGCCUCCAGUCUACCGAAUAGACCUCUCACUUCCCCCAGCUGAACGCUAUGUGGAACUAGCAACAAUCUAUCGCGACCACUUGCAUUCACUUACAGGACUUUUCUACGAACUUGCAUCAUCUCUCCAUCCCAAAAUCUCGCCAGAUUGGAUUGAACGCGCUGCCCGCUUUUUCCUAAGGAGAUUGUGCACGCAUGAAGAGACAGAAGAGAUUCGGGGGAUAUCUAAAGUCACUGGGAUUGAUAUGUAUUUACUCGUAUCCUUCAAUGUGCUUCUUGAUCUGUUGAUGGGCUGCACAAGUGGUGCAGCCUUAACCAAAAGACACUCCGAGGACCCUACAAUGCUGCAUUUUCGAACCUUGGAUUGGAGCAUGGACGGCUUGCGGAAGUUGAUAGUGCAGCUUGAAUUUGUCCGCAGCCCAGACACUGAAACCGUCCUUGCUACGAGCAUUACGUACGUUGGGUUCGUGGGCGUGCUGACUGGUGUGCGCAAGGGACUUAGCAUCUCCCUCAACUUUCGACCAAACCAUAACGCCAAUAGCGUAUGGGGAAAUUUCAGAUUUUAUGGCAGCCACCUCCUGGUUCUUCUUGGUAUUCGACGGUCAAUAUCGUCCUUACUUCGACAAUGUCUUCUUCCAUCUACGACCUCAGCACUGCCCUGGAAGGGCUGGCUUCUUAAAAGGACUCCGCCGCAAGCGCAAGACAUUUCUCUGACGGAGAUAAAAACCUCUUUGCCGAAGGUUCCGACUACUGCUGCCUAUUUGGUUUUUUCAAUGGAAAAAGAUUUGCGAUCCGCCGUCGUCCACUCGUCGUCAUCUUUUGUUGUCGCAACCAAUAGUGACUUUGAAACCACGUCUCCCUCGUACAAGCCACCUACCGGGAAUCAUUCUGGCUUACAAGCGACAAGUAACGAAGACUUGACGAUUGUCGACCUUAUAGAGGACAGUAAUGAACGGAGGGCAUGCAUGCAAGCUAAAUGGGACAGAAAGGUACAGAGAAAAAUGGCCCAGGUGUCCACUAAAACCAAUAUAGCACAACCUCAAGCAGAUACAACAGCGCGUCGAAACCCGCAACGAAAUACAUCAUCCAAAUAUGCGUCCAGACUGUCCACAGAUCUUUGCGAGACUUCUUCGAGUUCUGUGAUUCCGGACGUUCAAGUUACAGUGACCCCAGCUGAACUUAUCAGAUGGACAACAACGUAUCCUAUCACUAAUGAAAUGACCCAUUUUUCGGCCAUAAUGGAUCCUUCCAAAGGAAAGGUCUACUGGAUGAAGCGAUAUGAAACACAUAUUGCCUUGGAUAACCUAAAUACUUGA